AUGGAAACGAGGUCAAGGCCUGGAGAGAGAGAGUUCUCAAACGGUGACGUAUAUUCCGGUCAACUAAGAGGCACACUUCCUCACGGGAAAGGAAAAUACGAAUGGUCCGACGGAAUCGUAUACGAAGGCGACUGGGAAGAAGGAAAAAUCUCAGGGAAAGGGAAACUAACAUGGUCAUCCGGAGCCAAAUACGAAGGAGACUUCUCCGGAGGCUACCUCCACGGGUACGGAACCAUGACAUCCCCUGACGGAUCAGUCUACAGCGGCGCAUGGAGGAUGAACGUCCGGCACGGUCUAGGAAGAAGAGAGUACUGCAACUCCGACGCCUACGACGGGUCUUGGAAAGAAGGGUUGCAAGAUGGGAGUGGCAGUUACACUUGGGGAAACGGGAACAGGUUUAUUGGGAAUUGGAAGAAAGGGAAAAUGUCUGGGAGAGGGGUGAUGAGUUGGGGGAAUGGUGAUUUGUUCAACGGAUUUUGGUUGAAUGGUCUUAGACAUGGCUCUGGGGUUUACAAGUACGAUGAUGGAGGUUUCUAUUUUGGGAGCUGGUCUCGUGGAUUGAAAGAUGGGACCGGAGUGUUUUACCCCGCCGGGAGUAAGCAUCCGUCGUUGAAGAAAUGGCAUCGGAGUUUUGGUUAUGAUGACACAGGGAACUUUGUGCUCUCUCAUCAUGAUACGUCGAUAAACCUCGAGGAGCUUCGGAGCUCGAGGGUCAUGUCGAGGAGUCUCUCUGAGAUAAGUGGGAUGACGAGGCAUUCGGAGAGGUUUCUUGAUGAGAACUGGACGACGAGUGACCCUCCGAGGGAUUACAUGUCUCACGGCGGCGGGCCUGUGUCGAAGUCUGCGCGGUCUGUUGAGUCUGAGUGGCAUAACCGUGACAAGAACCCUAUUGUGUUUGAGAGGGAGUACAUGCAAGGGGUUUUGAUUAAGGAGAGGAUCAUGAGCUCUAUUGACAUGUCGCACAAGGCUAGUCCUUUGAACCGUCCUAAAGAGGUUACGAUUAGUGCUUGUGUGUCGUUUCUUGGAGGGAAGUGGAACUACUAUCUGAUGCUUAAUCUCCAGCUUGGUAUCAGGUAUACUGUUGGGAAAAUCACGCCGGUGCCAAGGCGGGAAGUUCGUGCUUCAGACUUUAGUGAAAGAGCGAGGAUCAUGAUGUACUUCCCUAGUGACGGUUCUCAGUACACACCUCCUCACAAGUCCAUUGAUUUCGCUUGGAAAGACUAUUGCCCUAUGGUUUUCAGGAAUCUGAGGGAGAUGUUCAAAUUAGAUGCAGCAGACUACAUGAUGUCGAUCUGUGGUGAUGAUGGUUUGAGGGAGAUCUCGUCCCCUGGGAAAAGUGGCAGUAUCUUCUACCUCUCUCACGACGACAGAUUUGUGAUAAAGACAUUGAAAAGAUCAGAGCUAAAGGUUCUACUCAGGAUGUUGCCUAGGUACUAUGAGCAUGUAGGGGACCAUGAGAAUACACUCAUAACGAAGUUUUUUGGGGUUCACAGGAUAAAACUAAAGUGGGGUAAAAAGGUACGCUUUGUGGUCAUGGGGAAUAUGUUUUGCACAGAGUUGAAGAUUCAUCGCCGCUAUGACCUUAAGGGCUCUACUCAAGGGAGGUUCACAGAAAAGAGUAAAAUCAGAGAAAAGACUACCAUGAAAGAUCUUGAUCUCGCUUAUGAGUUUCACAUGGACAAGCUUCUCCGAGAGGCUCUCUUCAAGCAGAUUUUUUUAGACACCGCCUUCUUGGAGUCUCUGCAAAUCCUUGAUUACAGUCUUCUCUUGGGAUUACAUUUUAGAGCUCCCGAACAACUUAAUGAUAUCCUGGAGGCUCCUAAUGAAAUGUCAGAUCAAGAAAGUGACAGUGUUGGUUCUGUUGAAGUCAGUGUGCCUCACGAACCAUCCAUUCCUCCGAAAGGACUGUUACUGGUGACUCACGAGCCAAACUCCGUCAACACCGCCCCUGGUCCUCACAUCAGAGGAAGCACACUACGAGCGUUCUCUGUCGGCGAGCAAGAAGUCGAUCUUAUUCUACCUGGAACCGCAAGGCUCCGGGUACAGUUGGGAGUGAACAUGCCGGCGCAAGCCCACCACAAGCUCCGUCAAGACGGGGAGGAGCCGGGGACGGUGGAGCUCUUCGAGGUGUACGAUGUGGUUGUGUACAUGGGCAUCAUCGACAUCUUGCAAGAAUACAACAUGAAGAAGAGAAUGGAGAACACUUGCAAAUCUGUGAAAUAUGAUCCCAUGACAAUCUCAGCUAUAGAGCCUAAGCUUUACUCUAAACGGUUCAAUGAUUUCCUCCUCAGGGUAUUCCCAGAAAAAGCAUAG